UCAAUCUGAAGUUAUGAAUGGGCAUCUUCUCAUGGACCCAGCAAUUAAACAAAAUCUAAGUUCUGUGCUGCUUGCACUUUCCCCUUGAUUGCUUCUUGUACUCAAGAACCCGUUCGCUAACUGUUGCCAAUAACAUGAUGAUGGUCACUGGUUAGAGAGAAAAAUGAAAACUUUACAUUGAAAAAUUCCUUCUUUUUAGUUUUUACUCAUUUUGCUUUGAAUUUCAGGCAUUUUCUCCCUUAUUUUUUGUGGUUGAAGUGUUGGUGGGAAAUACCUAACUAGCUAAACCACCACCCACAGGCCACAAAUGACAAAUUCAGUGCAUGUCACAUGGGGUAUCUGGUCAAAGAGGAUAAAAUAAAAACCCAACAAAAGAAGAAACCAAAAAACGCUUUAAUUGAAUUCUUGAAACGUACCGUUCAAUAUUACUAGAUUUUAUGCAAUCAUCUCGGACACGUUUUGGGGUUUUCUCGGAAUGCAAACGCAGAAAGUUUGGCAACACGUGGUUGUCAAUGCGUUUUGUCCGAUUCCCUCACCUUAUUACCGCACCCCAUUAACUCUUUAACACUAUUUGUUAACUAUUUUUUUCUUUUCUGAACUUUUCUUGCUUUAAUCUUCACUCUUCAGUGAAAGAAAGAGUCGCGGAACUUGCAGUCAGCUGGGAUUUUAGUGGAGAGUGGAAGCUUAUAGUGAAAGGAUGUGAUUAGUGUCUGUAGUGUGUGUCUGUAUUUUCUUGAUUUUCUUCUCUUUUUAUGCGUUUCUUGUUUGUGGGGGUUCUAUUUCUGAUUUUAGAUUAGUACCUGUUAGAGUGUUUCUUGAAAUGGGUUGUGAACACCCGGACUGGUUACCAGUGGGUUGGAGAGUUAGUGUGAAAGUUCGGAGUUGUGGAAGGAAAGACAAGUAUUAUGUGAAUCCCUCAAAUGGCCUCAAAUUCAACUCCAAGCCGGAAGUGCUUCGGUACCUCAAAUAUUCAGCAAAAGGUCGGAAACCCAGGGCGCUUAAUAAUAAGGUCGAGAUCAGAAAGACUGUGGCAGACAAAUUGCCUCCCGGAUGGAUUAAGGAAAUCAGAACGACGAAGAAGGGUCGCAAAACCAGGAGAGAUCCGUAUUACAUUGAUCCUGUUACCGGACGUUACUUCCGCUCUAUGCAAGAAGUUUUCCGCUACCUAGAAUCUAAGGAUUCAGGAAAAGCGGAGUUCAAGCUAGAUAGCAAAGGUCACAUCAAUCAGGAGUUGGGAGAUCAUCCUCAAUCUUCAACUGCUGAGGCCAAACGACAGAGGUCGAUGGACAAGACAGCAGAAAAAAAUUUAAGUGGGCAUGAAAGCAUAAAGUCAGGACUAAAACUUGCUGCUGCCUUGAAACCUGCUGCAACGAAUAGCAUGAGCAAACCAGAGGAGGACAAUCAUUUGGAGCGAAAAGAAGAAGAUGAUUCUCUAGCUAUUGAACUUUCUGAUAAGCUACAAUUGGUCUACAGAGUGAAACAACAUGCAGAUAGAAUGGCAGGAAUAAAGAAAUUGGCUGACAACAAAGUAGAUAAAAGAGCUGAUGGGGAUCGGAGGUUCAAGUCAGGAUCAGUGGGUGGUGCAGAGAAAAAAGUAGAUAUGCCUGAAGCAAAUGUUACGAAGCAACUUAAGAGAAACUUUGAUUCCGCAGCUGGGAGCCUUCCAAAUACGCUACCACUGGUUAAUAGAAAGGAAGACCUGAAAUAUGGGAGAAGGCAAAGCAAGAGAUUGGCUGACAGUAAACUAAAAGAUAAUAUCAGUAAAGAUCAGUCGGUAGAAUCAGGCUCAGAAGGUGCUGGGAAGAAAAAUGUUGAUACGCCAGUGACCAAUGGCUUCGAACGCAAAGAGAAAGAGAAAGGUACAAUGGGAGAGGAACAAGAACAUGAAAGUUUACUGUGCCAAAAUAAGAGAAAAAACACAAAUAGCAAAUGGACGAGUGACUUGCCUCGGAGAGCUUCAAAGAGACUUGCAUGUGUGGAAGUUGAUCCAUCGUUGGAAGUGAAAACCAGUGACAAAGCUGGAGCUGAGGCUGCACUAUCAUGUGAGCCAGAAGUUAAUACCUCCAAAAGUGUUGUUAAAGCUGGACAGUCAGAUGAGCCAGACAUUGAUACUAUCGGAAAAUUCGAUAGAUGCAACAACCCGAAAGAGCUUCCUUCAAAAUGCAAAACAGAAAAUCCUACUGACAAUGAGCAAAAGGAACCAGUUGUUCAGAGAAAUCUUUCAUCUCUUAAAGACCAUAAAGAUGUUGGUGUCGACUGUAAGGAAGAAAACAAGGACGAAAAACAUCUCGACUCCUCUUUGAAGGAUCUAUUGAUGGAUCCGUGCAUUGAAUUUGCAGUCAAAACUCUCACCGGUGCAAUUCCUAUCGAAGAUAUGGACAAACUCGGCGAGAGUCCCGUCUCAUCACUAGCUUCACCUAAUCAAACUUCAUCCUCGUCUUCCAUGUUGCCGUCUGGCGAUAUCUGGGCCGAUCCUUGCUUUGAAUUUGCCGUGAAAAUGCUCACCAGUGAAACGCCUGCCGAGGACGGUACACAAUGGCGGGUGUCAUUCCAGCAGCCUCUCGGCUCAUCAGGAGUCGGUGGAUGCAACAGCCUAACGGCACCAGAGUUCAGGUUAGAUAACGUCUACCCAUCGGUAUACUCAUCAGUUGGCCAACCGAAUGCUGUAAAAAAGCCUUACAUGAGGCAACAAGGUAUGAGAGAUUGCCCUCCUCCUCAUGGUGGCUCACAGAACUUUGUCGGCCUUCGCAACGGGGUCGAAGGGCGAAAGCAGAAUUUCAUGUAGGAAGUUGGGGUGGUGUAUGACUUAGUCUGUGAAAUUGGUUGUAUGUAUGCAGAAAGCGUGCAAUAGAAUUUUGAAUCGUAAUUCUGUGAUUUUCUGCAGCAGCUGACUACACUUUCAAGUGCUGUAAAAAUGCUAAUCUAGUGCUAGAACUCUUCUUUUCCCUCUUUGUUGUAUAUAUUGUUCUGUUUCUCUC